AUGUCCAACGAAAGGGCUGGCUCCAAGCGGAUUGGCUCUAAAGAGCGGUUUCGGCUGGGAGACAGCGAGGUGCAGCGGCUGCCACGGGACCGCAGUGGGAGGCUCAUCACUCCGCCCACGACCAGCCCGUCUGCCCAUCUCUUCUUUCGCUGGAGCAACUUCUACGAGUCGAACCAGUCGCCCAGGAGCCAGAAGACGCUGCAGCGCCUAGGAAGCUUUGGAAGCCAGCAGGACCUUCAAGACGAGGAGCCCCCUGAGCUGCUUUGUGAGAUUCCCGUAGCCCAGAACCGGGUGAUCCGGUUGGUAAGGCAGCUGCCCUUGAGCUCCUCGUUCUCGGAUUGGGGUCCCAGCGUGGCUGUCUGCGAUCAGGUCAUCGAAGCCCAUCGUAGCUUGCUGAGGGCGGGAGCCCGCGUUGUUGAGCUCGGCUGUGGUGUUGGCCUGCCCAGCCUGGUCUGUGCUUCACUGGGUGCCCGCGUGGUGGCGACGGAUCUGCCCUCGGCCAUCUCGGACAUGGAGAUCAACAGCGCCGCCAACGGAUGGCCGCAGGCUGUUUGGCGGGUGGUGGGCGGCGGCUCGGAGGGCAUCCCCGUCACCAAGGAGCGUGGUGGCAAGAUUGAGAAGGAGCGCUUGUCUGGGGAUGCUCUAGUCGAGGAGCUAGAGCUCAGGACCGAGCUGAACUUGAUGCAUUACCGCCGCCUGACAGGCACAGGUCCGCCCGAAGGUUGGGUCCAGCUAGUGCGCCCGUAUGGCAACAGACCAUUGCUUGUAAAGACGGAGUUGCGGCCACCUGCACAACGGUCUUAUGCCGGCGACUUUGGGCAAGGCACCAUUGUUGUCACCCCUCUGCGCUGGGAUGCACAGGAAGCGCUGAGUCUGAUGAGGAGAUUAGAUGACUUGGAAUCCGCUGCCCUUGAGCUCUCUGGCAACGAUCGAGCUCUAAAGCCAGAACCGGUUCGAAAAGAGGAACGCCUGAUUCCAAACCAAGUCAUGCGGCCAGAUGGCUUUCCGAGCCUUGCGGACAUCGUGCUGUGCUCAGAUUGCGUGUGCGAGCCUGCAUAUGGUGAAAGCUGGGAAGAGUUAGUGGAAACUAUCGAGAGCAUUCUGUCUCCAGAUGGCUAUGCCAUAAUCUCCCUGAGACGACGUAGCUAUGAUGGCAUCGAAGGCUUUGUGCAGCGUUUGGCGCGCAACUUGCGAUUUCAGCGCUUUCGGCACAGGAGGUCAAGUCCAGAAAGUGCCGACGGGAUUGACCUGCUCUGUGCCAGGUGGCCUGGAAAGCGAGAACAAUUUGAGGACUCCGUGGAUUCCCCGCGGAAUCCCCGCGAGACGGAGUUUGCAACCUUGUGCAUGCAAGGUCUGGAGGAGUAG